UGCCCCCUUUGACCCCCCCCCCUGUCGAUGGGCCCGCACUACAGUUACAGUACCUUUGGAUUUCUUUGCUUUUUUUUUUAUCGCACAAAGCUACACAAUGUAUUAUCUGUGCAGCUCCCACCGAGUAAAAGAACAAUGAUUUUUCAGUAUUAUAAACUUUCAUUUCUAGUCUCAGACUUACAGCCGAUUAAACGGGAAAAUAACUUUUGAAAUUGAAAAGAAGUCUAAAGGUGCGUGUAGCCGAAAAGUGUGGCCUUGUAUUAUUAGAGUUUAAUUUCGAAGAAGCUAUGGAGGAUGAUCAAAAAGUUUCAAAUGUUAGUAAUGAAAAACAGGAGUCAAAUGAAAGAAUUUGUAAGAGUUCAAUAUUUUCAUUAACACGAUCUUGCAAAGGAGAAACGAUAACGCCUGUUCAAGGCACAAUUAAAGGAGAGAUUCCAACAUGGAUUAAAGGAAAUUUGCUAAGAAAUGGAAGCGGGUUAAUGGAAAUUGGUCCAGACAAAUUCAACCAUAUUUUUGAUGGAAUGGCCCUUCUCCAUCGCUAUCACAUCAGUAAUGGAGAAGUAACAUAUCAGAACAAAUUUCUUAGAAGUCAAACUUAUAAUAGAAAUAUGAAUGCCAAUCGUAUAGUAGUUUCAGAAUUUGGAACUAAAGCUCACCCAGACCCUUGCAAGACCCUUUUACAAAGAUUGAUGUCCAUGUUUGUUUUGGAUGAUUUUACUGACAACGAUUUAGUAAACGUUGUGCCAUAUGGAGAUGAGAUCUAUGCCCAUACUGAAACUCCAUUUAUUCAUCGAAUUGAUCCUAACACCUUAGAAACUUUGGAUAGGGUAAACAUUGGUCAGCAAGUUGCUGUAAACACUGCCACUGCCCACCCUCAUUUCGAACAUGAUGGAACAGUGUACAACUUGGGAAGUUCCCUGGCUUCUUCAAGACCACUUUAUAAUAUUAUCAAGUUUCCUUCAACAACUAAAUCAGGAAAGUUAAAAUUCGAUGAGGGCACUGUCAUCUGUUCCAUCCCAGCUCUGUCAAAAAGAAAUCCUAGUUAUUUUCAUAGUUUUGCAAUGACAGAAAACUACUUUGUGUUUGUUGAGCAACCCUUAACUAUAAACCUAAUGAAGUUUGGAUUUUCAUCAUUUACUGGGAGUACUUUUAUGGACUGCAUGAAUUGGACUUCUAAUUAUCAGAACAGAUUUCAUGUGAUCAAGCGAUCUACAGGAGAAGUUUUUCCGACUGUAUAUGUUGCAGAACCCUUCUUUACAUUUCAUCACAUCAAUGCUUACGAAGAAAAUGAACAUAUAAUAGUGGAUGCUUGCUGCUAUCAAGAUGCCAGUGUCAUUAAGGCCCUGCUUGUGGUGGAAAUGGAGAAAGGGGAGAAAGAUAGGAAGUCAUAUGGUGAAAAAAUUCUCAGUCAGGCACGGAGAUAUGUCAUUCCUUUAAAGAUAUCUAAUGAUGAACAGAAUCCUAAAACCAACAUUAUUCAACUUGAGAGCUCUCAGGCAGAAGCUAAUGUGCAGGAUAAUGGAGAUGUGUUUUUGAAGUACGAAGAACUCACAGAAGAAGGUCCAUUACUUUGUGAAUUACCAAGAAUUAACUAUGAUGAGUUCAAUGGAAAAAAGUACAAGUACUUUUAUGCUCUUGGAAAAUUAUCAGAAAAUCUACAAACAUACUUAAUUAAAGUGAAUGUCCAGAAUAGAACUAAGACUAUAUGGCUAGAAGAAAAGACCAUUCCUUCAGAACCAGUUUUUGUUGGCAGACCUGGAGCAACAGAAGAAGAUGAUGGAGUUAUACUCUCUGCUGUGUUAAGCGAAGAUAAUCAAAACAAAGUAUUUCUUCUGGUUCUUGACGCAAAUACCUUCCAGGAACUUGGACGAGCAGAGUUUCUUCUAGAUUCAGCAGUUACAGGAGAUUUUCAUGGAAUAUUUUGGCCAGCUACAUAGUUUGCUGCAGUGUGAUUAAGUUUCAAUAAAUUUAACUAAUGUUUUUUAAAACAUUUUUUUUUGUCAAGAUUUCGAUUUUGUUAUAUUUCACAUUUGUUUGUAACACAAUUCAAACCUAGGAAAUGUCACCAAAUCAUUGUUUAAAAUUCACAGUCAUAAGAAGGUCACAAUUGAUUUUUGGAAAUGGAAUUAGGCCCACCUACACGGGAGGUGGGGGUGGCUGGGCAAAUGAAACCUGGUUAUGCCGUACAGCCUGCAAAGCACCUUUCAGGUGUAUCUUCAUUUAAUCAUAAAAAGCAUAGUUUUUGGCUUGUUUUGUAUAUAGACUCUUGAUACAUUAAAAAUGACUGAUAUAAUAAU